UCAGACAAUGGGAGAAGACAAGUCUGACAAAAGUGACAGUUCUGUUGGAUCAAACAGCAUUGAGGAACCAGAGUAUGGAUGCCAACUCAAGAUUUUAAAAUUGAACAACCAAAUUCAUGAACUGCAAACACUCAUCAGAGAUAAGACAACUUCUAGAGGAGACUUUGUAUUCUAUGCAAACAGGCUGAUCCGAUUGGUUGUUGAGGAGGGCUUGAACCAGCUACCUUACAAGACAUGUGAAGUGAUCACACCGACAGAUGAACCCUUUGAUGGAGUGGAGUUUCUUCAUGGAAAUUGUGGCGUCAGCAUUAUGAGAAGUGGCGAGGCCAUGGAACACGGUCUACGAGACUGCUGCAGGUCGAUACGAAUCGGCAAGAUUCUAAUCAAAACAAACGAAGAGACAGAUGAGGCAAAGGUGUACUAUGCCAAGUUUCCUCCCGAUAUUAGUAGACGAAGAGUGCUUCUCAUGUACCCUAUACUUAACUCAGGAAACACUGUGAUACAAGCAGUAAGAGUUCUCCAAGAACAUGGUGUUGAUGAUAAAAACAUUCUUCUUCUCACUCUCUUCUGUACUCCACAUGGUGUGGAAACUGUGAUCAAGGAAUUUCCAAACAUCACCGUCUUGUCAUCGGAAAAGGACCCGGUUCCACCAGUCCACUUUGGACAGAAAUAUUUUGGGACAGAUUGACAAUCCACUGACCAA